AGCUCAUUCUUCAGCUAUGUGCUCCAGCCCUGCCAGCUAUGGACCCCAACUGUGACUGCUCAAAUGGUUGCUCUUGCACCUGCGGUGACUCCUGCAAAUGCAAAUCAUGCUAUUGUACCUCUUGUAAGAAAAGCUGCUGCUCCUGCUGCCCAGCAGGAUGUGCCAAGUGUGCCCAGAACUGUGUCUGCAAAGUCCCCUAA